AUGAGGCACCAUAUAGGCUCGGCCCUGAGGCCACGGAGCGAGUCCCUCAAGAGUAACAGGUCCUCCACCGACGAGGCGCGAGACAACGAGCAGGAGGAAACGGUGGUCGAACCUGACCAGAACAAUGUACUUUCACACAUCAUUUCACAACUAAGACCAGGGGCGGAUCUUUCUCGAAUCACCUUACCCACGUUCAUCCUCGAAGAGCGGUCUAUGUUGGAGAGAAUCACAAACUUUAUGGCACACCCGGAAACACUUCUACCGAUGCCCGACGUUGACGACCCGGUACAGAGAUUCGUCUCCGUGAUCAAAUUCUACCUCAGCGGCUGGCACAUCAAACCUCCUGGUGUCAAGAAACCUCUUAAUCCUAUCCUUGGCGAGACGUACACAUGCUGGUGGGACUAUAAAGAUGGGACCAAAGGCUACUACAUCUCCGAACAGACCUCACAUCAUCCUCCGAAAUCGUCCUACUUUUUUAUGGCUCCAGAGCAUCACAUCCGUGUGGAUGGCACGCUCAGGCCUCGAAGCAAAUUCUUGGGCAACUCCGCAGCGAGCAUGAUGGAGGGAAUUUCGUACUUGAGAUUCACAAACCGUGGGAACGAGAAGUACGUUAUCACGCAGCCCAACAUGUACGCCAGAGGCAUCCUUUUCGGCAAGAUGAAAUACGAGCUCGGCGACCACUCUUUCGUCAAGUGUCCGACGACAGGACUUUCGGCGGACAUAGAAUUCAAGACACGAGGCUGGGUGUCCGGCACAUAUAAUGCCAUCGGAGGCAUCAUUCGCAACGACAAGACCGGCGAAAAUCUUUACGAGCUCUCAGGACUGUGGACGAGUGAGAUGACCAUAAAAGAUCUGACGACAGGACAGAAGAAACCGCUCUUCGAUGCAACACACGCGAAGCAUACGCCACCUUUGACGCGUCCGAUCGAAGAGCAGGGCGAGCGAGAGUCGCAGCGGCUAUGGCUCCCGACAGUAAAGGCUGUACAUGUUAAGGACCACGUCAAAGCGACAGACGAGAAAGCUAAGAUCGAGGACCGACAGCGGCAAGAGGCGCAUGCACGAGAGGAGAAGGGCGAGCACUGGAUGCCCAAGCUGUUUCGACCAGUCAAUUCCGGAGCCGGCGGCUCGGAAGAGGGCGAAGAUGAUCUCGAGUGGAUCAUAAAUGCCGAGAUCGACACCAAAGAUCCGAAGAAAGCUAUAGAUCAAAUCCUGGCCAUCGCACCUAUCCUGCCUGGGUCUGGAGCGCAGAAAGGCACCGUGAAAGCGCCAAACUCUACGACAUCCGGUUCGGGAGCGCCGCCGGCGCAAGCGGCCGCAGUCCACAAAGCGACAGACAACUUGAUCGAUCUAGACUCGCGGCCAUCAAGCACUGUACCUCCAGAGCCAAAGCCGGUUGCGCAGGCACAGAAUCAAGAAGCAGUCAGCCACAACAAUGUGCUGCACCCAACUUCGAAUCCGAAGCAGAUACCUGUGCAUCAGUCAACGGCAAUACAGGCUCCUGUACAGAAUGCGCCGAAGCAAGGCAACUUGCUUGAUUUCGACGAUGACGUACACAACACGACGAACAAAAUGUCAAAUCUGAACAUGUCACAUCAAGCGAUGCAGCCUAGACCACCUGUCGUUAGGACUGAUACAGAGACAAGCGAGGCAGAAGUCUUUGUCGAUGCCGAGGAAAAAUAA